AUGGCCUCUGUCGCUUUGUGGCUCGCAGUUUUGACUGCUGCCUCAACCACAGCAUCGCCUGUCCUAUCAGCCAAGGCUGAAACCAACACCCUUAACGUGGAUGUGGACCUCCAAGGUGUUCCUUCUGCAGUCAGAUCGCUCUUUCUCCCUGACUCACCUAAUGUCACAACGCCCACAAACACUUCGAGAUGCAAGGUCUACCCCGAUGAUCCUCAAUGGCCGUCCGACGAAGCUUGGUCACAACUCAACAAAGUCACAGGUGACCGUGUUAUCAAUGCACCCACUCCUCUUGCAGCAGUGUGCUAUCCUGGCGACGACUACAAUGCUGCCAAAUGCUCUGAAUACACCGUGGCAGCGUGGCAGAAGUCGUACAUCCAUAUGAUCGAUCCCAUCGAAAUCAUGUCUCCGGUCGCGCAAGGCAUGACGUGCACACCACCAGUACUCUUCGACUCCCAUGGCUGCACCCGUGGAGGCUUCCCUAUGUACGUUGUCAACGCCACUGAGCCAAAGCAUGUACAGGCUGCGGUAAACUUCGCACGCAACACCGGUGUCAGACUCGUCAUUAAAAACACUGGCCACGACUUUCUAGGCAAGAGCGGUGGUAAGGAUGCUCUUAGUAUCUGGACACACAACAUGAAGGAUAUUGAGUAUAUCGAAGAGUAUGUUGAUGAGAAGCUCAACUGGACCGGCCCUGCGUUCAAGAGCGGUGUCGGUGUGCAAGCCUUCGAGAUCUACAAAGCUGCCGCCGAGAAGGGCAGAAUCGUCGUUGGUGGCGAAGGAGAGACAGUCGGAGUCAUGGGAGGAUACAUCCAAGGAGGCGGCCACUCCCCAUUGACUGGUUUGUACGGUACCGGUGCUGAUAGUGUCCUCUCCAUGGAGGUCGUUACAGCCGACGGCGAGUUUGUUGUCGCAAACAGCACCUCGAACACUGACCUCUUCUGGGCUCUUCGUGGUGGUGGUGGCAGUACCUUCGGUGUCGUCACCUCUGUGACUGUCAAGGCCCAUCCCGAUCUCGAGGUCACAGUCUCCCGAUUUGGCUUCAAUUCUGCCCAAACCGGAAACGAGACAUUCUGGGCUGCCAUCCGCGCUUACGUCGACCUAUGGAUCGACAACGCAGACGCUGGAACAUACACAUACUGGACAUUGAUUCCAUCCAACGGUACCUUUUCAUUUGCAUUCUCGCCUUUCUUCGCGCCUGGAAAGAACGUAGAGGAAGCAUCUGCGCUCCUACAGCCCUGGUUCGAUCAACUUAAUGAUUUGGGCGUCAAGUUUGACCCAAAUAUCACUCAUUACGACAACUACUACGAUGCUUGGCGCAACUCUUUUCCUCUCGAAGCCGUUCAAAAGCCCAACGUAGCGACCGCAUCACGUUUGUUCCCUCGCGCAAACUUCGAGACAGCUGAGAAGCGUCAAGAGGUUUACGAACGCAUUCGCGCAUCGAGCGAGAAAAACCGCGUUCAAGUCCACUUCAACAUGCAGGCUAAGGACCCAUACAAUACCGACAACGCCGUAAACACUCAUUGGCGCCCUUUGGUCUCGUUCAGCAUGCAAUCUGUGCGCUGGCCCAUCAAUAGCACCGCUGAGGAGAUCUUGAAGAUCCGUAAAGAUUUCCAAGCGGGCGAUAUGCAGUCUUGGAGAGACAUCAGUCCUGGGGCCGGAUCCUACCUUGCUGAGGCUGAUCGUCUUGAACCUGACUUUGGUAACGCGUUCUUCGGUGACAACUACCCUAGAUUGUUGGAGUUGAAGAAGAAGCUUGAUCCACAAGAUGUGUUCUUCGCGACCACGAGCGUGGGUAGUGAGAAGUGGCGAGUGGAGAGUGUUGAUGGCCUACCAAACGAGAACGGCAAAUUGUGCCGUGUAUAA